AUGGUGAUGACCAUGUCGAUGACGAUGAUGAUCACUCAAACAAGUGCACAACAGUUACCAAUUGACUUUGGUGCCACUUGUGAACAACUGGAUCCAAACUCAAAGUGCAAGCCAUAUCUACCAUACGACUCUAUAUACCUUCCAUAUGGAACCAAUCAAUCGGAAAUCGAGACCAACGUCACAAACGCAAUCACUCUACUUUCAUUCACACCACUAUCUUGUUCCGAUGUUGCCAUUCCAAUCACCUGUUUGAUUGCAUUCAGACAAUGUAACACCAUCAACACAACAUCACCGAUAAUCAAAUUACCCUCAUCAGCAUGCCUAUCAGAGUGCGUAUCACUGAAUACAUCAUGCUAUGAUGUGUUCAAAGCGAAUAAUGUACCAAUCAAUUGCAGUUCAGAUAGUCAUGGUACCCCGACAUUCACCAAUCAAUCAACAUUGUUUGAACUGCGAGACUAUGGUGGACCUUGGAUAACGCCAAUCCAAUGCGACGUGGUGGUGGGCGGUGUGCGCCCCAACGCCACCUGCCUGAAGCCACUGGUCAUGGUAUCGCCAGAGGAACGUAAAGAGGGACUCUACUUUGUUAUCGAUGACAAGGGUUGUGCGCUGCCGUGUCCGUCGAUGGUGUUCUCUCCCGAUGAGGGACGCAUCGUGCACAUCACCAACGUGGUGAUGAACUCUGUGUCAUUCGUCGGCUCGGUCUUGACACUGCUCUUCUUUGCGCUGGUGUCCAAUAAGCUCAACUAUAGAAUGGAGAUCAUCUUCUACUUCUCUCUGUCCACCAUGAUGAUAUCGAUUGGCUCGUUCAUGAUGAAUCCGCGUCAGGAGCAAUUCGCAUGCGCUGGACCUCCAGGACGAUACAAGCUUGGCACCAAAGAGGCAGACUGUGGCAUUGGCUAUCUCUUCUACCAAAUUGGUGCAUUGGCCUCAAUCAUUUGGUGGACAAUCAUUUCCUAUGAUGCUUACAACUCGACCAAGAUACAGAAGAUCAAACAUUUCAAUAUAUUCAAGUUCUUUGUUUGGGGAUUCAUUAUAUUGUUGUCCACUAUACCUUUGAUGUUCAACAAGGUUGGAGCAAUACUUAGUUCCAAUGGAUGUUGGAUACUUAAUAGUGAUGGAAACGUUUACCAAUAUGUAUCAUUCCUCGUACCAUUCUGGAUAUGUCUAGUACUCAUUCUCUACUUUGUCACCUACGUAAUCUUCCGAGUAUUCAAGAUCUACAACGUAGUCAAAGAUAAGAAGAUGCUCAAGUUUAAUCUGAGAAUGCUUGGAAUGAUGUGUUACAUAUUUGUCGCUUCGGCAUUUGUUACAUUCUUCCUGUUCUACUCGAAUGGCAGAUCGAAAGAGUAUAUCAAGUUGAUCGUCGAUUGGUUAUUAUGUAUCUCCAAACAUCAGGACGACAUCUCUUUCUGCCAUCUCUACACACCAGACUUCAAGCUCAAGAUGUCCACCGCAAUAUUCUUUGGUGGAUUUGGUCUGAUUGGUUUCCUUUCAAUGAUGACUGACCCUGCCAACAAGAGACUGGCACGUCAAUCAAAGAUAUUUAUAUACUUUGCCAACAAGUAUUUGGAGUUCAGGGGAAGCGGUAGUAGAUCAAAGUCAACGUCGUCAGAGUCAUCGUCAUCAACCAAACCUACGACAUCAUCACAAAUCAGUAGUGGAGUGAUAUCAAGUUCGAGCGAAUGGCUAAAGGCACAGCAAGAGAGGAACAAGGAGAUGAUUGUCAAGAUCAUGAACCAACACCGCAUCGAAUCUCAGGCACAUCGCGACGAUGCCAUCGAGCUCUCCAGUCUCGACAACAACUCAAUCAACGGCACCUCGGCAAUCAUAAGCGUUCCAGAUCUAGAUCUAGGUAGCAGCUCGACUCCAAUCAAUGAUCCAAACAACAACAACAACAACAAUAGUCAAGUUAUUUUAAAUGUAGACCCAACAGCAUCAUCCAUAGUAUUGGACAACAACGACAACAACAACAGCAACAACAACAACGCCAUCGACAUUCACCACAGCGACAGUGAUAGUGACAGCGACAGCAGCAGUAGCAGCAGCAGUAGCCAUCAAGACGAUUAA